AAAAAAAAAAAAAAAAAAAUGGANUACUUGGCCAAAUGUACUAAUGCUCCCUCAACGCCGAUCACUGUUCCAAACCACCCCUUAUCUUACUCCCCAAUCUCUUCUUCCUCCGCUGCCACCACCAAUUUUGGUUCCCCACCCACUUCUCAGCCGUCGUCUCCCCCGCCGCCUACGGUGAUCCUCAGCCCCUGCGCCGCCUGCAAGAUCCUCCGCCGCCGCUGCGUCGAGAAGUGCGUUUUGGCUCCAUAUUUCCCUCCGUCCGAGCCUCUCAAGUUCACCAUUGCUCAUAGAGUCUUCGGAGCUAGCAAUAUCAUCAAAUUCUUGCAAGAGCUGCCAGAGUGUCAGAGGACAGAUGCAGUGAGCAGUAUGGUAUACGAAGCAAAUGCGCGGCUGCGAGAUCCAGUGUACGGCAGCGCCGGCGCUAUUUGCCAGCUGCAAAAGCAAGUGAGCGAGCUGCAAGCCCAGCUAGCCAAGGCGAGGGCGGAGGUGGCUAAUAUGCAGCACCAACAAGCCAACUUACUGGCUUUGAUUUGCAUGGAAAUGAGGCAAUCGCCGGACCCCGUUUGGCCGCCGCAACUCGUCGACACUACCUGCUUCCUCGACGACGCCGCCCUUAGCUCGCCGUGGGAGCCACUUUGGACGUGAUUUCAAAGUUAAUUGUUUUGGAAUGAUAUUUAAUUUGGGUUAGAGAAGGAUUUAAGUUAAUUAUUAUAGUAAAAUUAUACUUUCAAUAUAUAAAUAUAAAUGGUAAUGUUGAUGAUUAUAAGAUAAUAAUGUUAGUUAUUUAACUAAAUUA